CGGCGGCGGCGCCGGGCCCGCACCCGGCCAUGGGACCGCACCGGGCACCGGCGGCGGCGGCAGCGGCGUUGGGGGGUCCCGAAGCACCGGCGGCACCGCGGGCGUCAGAGGCACCGCCAGCACCGGCGUCACUGAAGCCGCCGGGAACGCCGGAGCCAGCAGGAGCCCUGGAGGCGCUGGGGACGCUGCAGGCGCCAGGGACGCUCCUGCAGGCACCGGGGAUACCGGAGGAACUGGAGGCACCGGGAGCACCCAUGGCCCCAGGGACAGCGGGAGCGCCGGGGAUACCGGACACACCGGGAACACCGGGGCUGGGCUGAGCACUGGGGGGGCUGGGGGCACUGGGAGCACCCCAGUCCUCAGGGACAGCAGGAAUACUGGGCACACUGGGGAGACUGGGAGAGACACUGGAAGCACCGGGAAAGUCCCCAGGAGCAGCAGGGACACUGGAUAUAAUGGGGAGCCUGGGAAAGUCCCCAGGGACACUGAGAGCACCAGGGAAGUCCCCAGGGACACCAGGAACACUGGGAAUACUGGGCACACCAGGGACACCAGCAGCACAGGGGACACGACGGCCUCCGGGGACACUGGGGACCCCCAGCCUAUGGAAGCCCCCCGACCCCCCAUGCUCCGCCCCCGCCGGAGCCCCAACACGGCGCCGCAGUUCCAGCCCUCCAGCUACCAGGCCACGGUGGAGGAGAACCGGCCGGCGGGGACGCCGGUGACGCGGGUGACGGCACAGGACCCCGACGAGGGCGAGGCGGGGCGGCUGCUCUACUCGAUGGCCGCGCUCUUCGACAGCCGCUCCGACGCCCUGUUCGCCGUGGACCCCGUGACCGGCGCCGUCACCACGGCGGCGCCGCUGGACCGCGAGAGCAAGAGCACCCACGUGUUCCGCGUGACGGCGGCCGACCACGGCACGCCGCGGCGCAGCGCCAUGGCCACGCUCACCGUCACCGUGAGCGACGCCAACGACCACGACCCGGCCUUCGAGCAGCCCGAGUACCGCGAGAGCGUGCGGGAGAACCUGGAGGUGGGCUACGAGGUGCUGACCGUGCGGGCCACCGAUGGCGACGCCGGGCCCAACGCCAACGUGCUCUACCGGCUCCUCAACGCCGGCGGCGCCAACGAGGUCUUCGAGAUCGACCCCCGCUCCGGCGUGAUCCGCACGCGCGGCCCCGUGGACCGGGAGGCCGUGGAGGCCUUCGAGCUGCUGGUGGAGGCGGCUGACCAGGGCCAGGAGCCCCGCAGCGCCACGGCCACCGUGCGCAUCGCCGUGGAGGACGACAACGACAACGCGCCACAGUUCAGCGAGCGGCGCUACGUGGCGCAGGUGCCCGAGGACGUGGCGCCCAACGCGGCCGUGCUGCGGGUGACGGCCACCGACCGCGACAAGGGCAGCAACGCCCUGGUGCACUACAGCAUCGUCAGCGGCAACACCCGCGGCCACUUCUACAUCGACGCCCAGACGGGCGCCCUGGACGUCGUCACCCCCCUGGACUUCGAGGUCACCAAGGAGUUCACGCUGCGCAUCCGGGCGCAGGACGGCGGCCGCCCGCCCCUGUCCAACAUCAGCGGCCUGGUCACCGUGCAGGUGCUGGACGUCAACGACAACGCCCCCAUCUUUGUCAGCACGCCCUUUCAGGCCACCGUGCUGGAGAACGUGCCCGUGGGCUACUCCGUCAUCCACGUGCAGGCCAUCGACGCCGACUCGGGGGACAAUGGCCGCCUGGUUUACACCCUGUUGGACACCGGCGCCGGCUUCCCCUUCGCCAUCAACAACGGCACCGGCUGGAUCGUGGUGGCCUCCGAGCUGGACCGGGAGGCCGUGGACUUCUACAGCUUCAGCGUGGAGGCGCAGGACCAGGGCACGCCCCCCAUGGCCUCCACGGCCAGUGUCAGCGUCACCGUCCUGGACGUCAAUGACAACAGCCCCGAGUUCACCCGCAGGGAGUACGGCGCCCGCCUCAAUGAGGACGCGGCGGUGGGGACGAGCGUCCUCACCGUGUCCGCCGUCGACCGCGACGCCAACAGCGUCAUCACCUACCAGAUCUCGGGCGGCAACACCCGCAACCGCUUCUCCAUCACCAGCCAGAGCGGCGGGGGACUCAUCUCACUCGCCCUGCCCCUGGACUACAAGCUGGAGCGGCAGUACCUGCUCACCGUGGCCGCGUCCGACGGCACCCGCCAGGACACCGCCCUGGUGGUCGUCAACGUCACCGACGCCAACACCCACCGGCCCGUGUUCCAGAGCUCCCACUACACCGUCAAUGUCAACGAGGACCGGCCGGUGGGCACCACGGUGGUGGUGAUCAGCGCCACCGACGAGGACACCGGCGAGAACGCCCGCAUCACCUACCUGAUGGAGGACAGCAUCCCCCAGUUCCGCAUCGCCGCCGACACCGGCGCCGUCACCACGCAGAUGGAGCUGGACUACGAGGACCAGGUGUCCUACACCUUGGCCAUCACGGCGCGGGACAACGGCAUCCCCCAGAAAUCCGACACCACCUACCUGGAGAUCCUGGUGAGCGACGUCAACGACAACGCGCCCCAGUUCCUCCGCCACUCCUACCAGGGCUCCGUCUACGAGGACGUCCCCGCCUUCACCAGCGUCCUGCAGGUCUCCGCCACCGACCGUGACUCCGGCCUCAACGGCAGGGUCUUCUACACCUUCCAGGGGGGCGACGACGGCGACGGCGACUUCAUCAUCGAGUCCACCUCGGGCAUCGUCCGCACCCUGCGCCGCCUGGACCGGGAGAACGUGCCGCUCUACUCCCUGCGGGCCUUCGCCGUGGACAAGGGGCUGCCGGCGCGGCGCACGCCAGUGGAGAUCCAGGUGACGGUGCUGGACGUCAACGACAACCCGCCCGUCUUCGAGCGCGACGAGUUCGACAUCUUCGUGGAGGAGAACAGCCCCAUCGGGCUGGUGGUGGCCCGGAUCACGGCCACCGACCCCGACGAGGGCACCAACGCCCAGAUCAUGUACCAGAUCGUGGAGGGCAACAUCCCGGAGGUCUUCCAGCUGGACAUCUUCUCCGGGGAGCUCACGGCGCUGGCCGACCUGGACUACGAGGCCAAGGCCGAGUACGUGAUGGUGGUGCAGGCCACGUCGGCGCCGCUGGUCAGCCGGGCCACCGUGCACGUGCGGCUGCGCGACGCCAACGACAACAGCCCCCAGCUGAAGAACUUCGAGAUCCUCUUCAACAACUACAUCACCAACCGCUCCGGGAGCUUCCCCGGCGGCGUCAUCGGCCGCAUCCCGGCCCACGACCCCGACGUGUCCGACCGCCUCACCUACGCCUUCGAGCAGGGCAACGAGCUCAACCUGCUGCUGCUGGACCCCCAGAGCGGGGAGCUGCGGCUCAGCCCCGCCCUGGACAACAACCGCCCGCUGGAGGCCGUCAUGAGGGUCUCCGUGUCCG